GCUGCGCUGCCGGGCCCGGCACCCCCUCCCCCCCGCCCCCCCGGGCUGGGACGGGUGGAUUGCGGCUGCGCUGCGGCUGCUGAAGAUGGCGUGUCUGCUGGAGGCCCCGAUGCGGAUGAGUGUGCUCUCGGAAGUUACAGCCAGCAGUCGUCAUUAUGUUGACCGUCUCUUUGAUCCUGACCCACAGAAAGUGUUGCAAGGCGUUAUUGAUAUGAAGAAUGCGGUAAUUGGAAAUAACAAGCAAAAAGCUAAUCUGAUUGUCCUGGGAGCAGUACCAAGAUUGCUUUACCUACUACAACAAGAGGCUUCAACUGUUGAACUUAAAACUGAAUGUGCAGUAGUAUUAGGAAGUCUCGCAAUGGGGACAGAAAAUAAUGUCAAGUCGCUGUUAGACUGUCACAUAAUUCCAGCGUUAUUGCAAGGUCUCCUUCUUCCAGAUCUUAAAUUUAUAGAGGCUUGUCUCCGAUGUCUUCGCACAAUAUUGACAAGCCCUGUGACGCCAGUAGAGGUUCUUUAUACAGAUGCUACAGUGGUUCCUCAUCUUAUGUCCUUGCUCAGUAGAUCACGAUAUAUACAGGAGUACAUCUGUCAGAUUUUUUCCCAUUGUUGCAAGACUCCAGAGCAUCAGGCUGUGUUGUUCAACCAUGGUGCAGUGCAGAACAUUGCCCAUCUACUGACUUCAGCUUCAUACAAAGUUCAGAUGCAGGCAUUAAAAUGCUUUUCAGUCCUGGCUUAUGAAAAUCCUCAAGUUUCUUUGACUCUUGUAAAUGUGUUGGUAGAUGGUGAAUUGUUACCCCAAGUAUUUGUGAAGAUGAUGCAGAGGGAUAAACCUAUUGAAAUGCAGCUGACAUCCGCAAAAUGUUUGACUUACAUGUGCAGGGCUGGAGCAAUUCGGACAGAUGAUAACAGUAUAGUUUUAAAGACUCUCCCAUGCCUUGUUAGGAUGUGCAGUAAAGAGAGGCUGCUGGAAGAACGGGUGGAAGGUGCUGAAACCUUGGCAUACUUGAUAGAACCUGAUGUGGAGCUACAGAGGAUUGCCAGCAUCACUGAUCAUCUUAUUGCAAUGCUUGCUGAUUACUUCAAGUAUCCCAGUUCAGUCAGUGCAAUCACAGAUAUCAAAAGGCUUGACCACGACCUCAAACAUGCUCAUGAACUUCGCCAAGCUGCAUUCAAGUUGUACGCCUCCCUUGGAGCGAAUGACGAAGACAUCCGGAAGAAGAUAAUUGAGACUGAGAAUAUGAUGGACCGAAUUGUGACUGGCUUAGCUGAGUCUAGUAUCAAGGUGCGGUUAGCUGCUGUCAGAUGUUUGCACAGUCUGUCCAGGUCGGUACAACAGCUUCGCACAAGUUUUCAGGACCAUACAGUAUGGAAACCACUAAUGAAGGUAGAAUUAUUACAAAAUGCUCCUGACGAGGUCCUCGUAGUGGCAUCAUCAACACUAUGCAAUCUUCUCCUCGAGUUCUCCCCAAGCAAAGAGCCUAUCUUGGAAUCAGGUGCUGUGGAGCUAUUAUGCAACUUGACUCAGAGUGAAAAUCCAGCCCUCAGAGUUAAUGGAAUUUGGGCAUUAAUGAAUAUGGCUUUUCAAGCUGACCAGAAGAUAAAGACAGACAUUUUGCGAGGGCUGAGUACAGAACAACUUUUCAGAUUGCUCUCAGAUUCUGAUGUGAAUGUCCUAAUGAAGACUCUGGGGCUCCUCAGGAAUCUCCUAUCCACUAGACCUCACAUAGACCAGAUAAUGAGCACUCAUGGAAAACAGAUAAUGCAAGCAGUCACUCUCAUCCUUGAAGGGGAGCAUAAUAUUGAAGUUAAAGAACAAACAUUAUGCAUACUUGCUAAUAUAGCAGAUGGAACAACCGCAAAGGACCUCAUCAUGACAAAUGAUGACAUUUUACAAAAAAUUAAAUACUACAUGGGUCAUUCAAAUGUAAAGCUCCAGUUGGCUGCUACUUUUUGUAUAUCUAAUCUUAUAUGGAGUGAAGAGGAAGGUUCUCAUGAACGUCAAGAUAAGCUGAGAGAGUUGGGUGUUGUAGAUAUUUUACAUAAAUUGGUUCAAACUACAGAUCUCAACCUUUCUGACAAGGCAAAAACAGCACUGCAGCAAUUUCUGUCAUGAGUAGCCAGCCUGUUGGGGUCCAAUCUGAAGCUCUAAAUGGACAGCAGGUGGGAGGUUCAGUGGAGAGCUCAUCCCUGACCCAUUUUUGCACAAGUCACCUUGGACUGCAGUUUUUGUGUGCAGUGAUUCAUGAAGAAAUAUUAGUCGUUCAGGAAGAAAACAAGAAACAAUGCAGCGGAGAAAAUUCCAAUCUCAAUAUGACUGCUUACACACAAAAAUCUUACAGAAUGUUUGUUUCCCCUCCCCUUUGAAUCUGAAAAGAAAAUCUACUCUUGCUGCAGCUAUUUAGUGUGUGAUUGGUUACUUUUCUGAAUUUUGUUUUUUAAUAGUGUUUUCUACAGAUUUUUCUGGGUAGUGUUUUGUUUGCUGAAUGAAGGCUAUACUUGGUGUAAAGAAUUUACCUACACAGAACACCCUAAAGAGAAUGUAAUAUUUAAGAAGUGUGGAAAAAUUAUAUGAUUCUGUUCCAAGCUCUAUAGAGUAUGUAAAAUAUUAUAUGAAUUUGAUGAACCACAAUUAUCUGUUUCCUUUGGAACUGCAUCUGUUUAUAGGCCUACACAGGUAGUGUUAGGAAUUGAUCUAAUGUAUUCUAACUUUUCAUACUCUCAAAAGAUUUUCCUCGGGGAAGGGGAACAUGGAUGUACUGGUCACCAGCCUUCACAUCAAGAUCCAGGUAUAAAUCCAACUCAGGGACAGGUAAUGAAGGAAUUCUCUCACCCACUUUCAUUGACUCUUUUUAGUAGCAUUGCCUUCUUUCCCUUUGACCAUUUUGGCGUAACAGAGAGCAGGCACCAAUGAAUAGAUUGUGAUGGUUUUCUCCAGUGCAAACUAAAACCUGAUGUUAGUGCUGCCAACUGGACAUGUACUUUUAGAGUCAAGGGUUGUGUGUUACUUUGUACAUGAGGGAGGAAGAUAUUAUGCAUAGGUCUGUUUGGAAGCUGAGCAACAUUAGCAGGUCAGUUUCAGGAAACCGUCCUAUCUUAGCAGCAUUAUGGAUGCCCAUCACAGAUAAGCCCUAUAUCUUGAAGCAUGCCAAAUUCUGUCGACAUUGAUGGCUUUUACGCUGCCUGUUUGGUAUUUCUGAUAUUGCAGCUAAAUAAAGCUGUAGUUACAAAUGGAUAUUGCUGCGUAAAUGACUUGUGCAUCCACUUACCUGAACACUGGCAUUUUCAUAGUGUUCACAAUGCCAGCACUAAAAAUGCCACUGGUGGCAGAAUGAAACUUUCACCUUGCAUUAUUGUCUCUUGCUUUCAUGAAUGCAAGGAUUGAGUUGCCCAAUAGUGGCACCCAUUCGGAUAUUUUCAGAUAAUGGUUAAAAUUAAAAAGUUAAUCAAACAUUUUAGAUGAAAGUUAUGCUUGGGAGGAUAUUUUCUGAGUAUACUGUUGAAAUAAUACCUGUGUAGGCCAUUUGAAAAGAAUGCAGUUUUCUUUUAAUUUUGUAGUGUUUUAAUUCGAAUAUCCCAGUUCACUCUUGUUUGAUCUGUCACUUUUGGUUUUGACCCCUUUUCUCUGAGUGUUGGCAUUUGAAUUUUAGCACCUGUCUAGUCUUCUGCUGCCACAUAAAAUUUAUUAGUAUUUGUAAACUACUGGGGUUUAGCACAGGAGUACAAAAAGAGGUUUUUCUUCUGGUUCUUGGCAAAUAAAAAAGAAAGCUUUGUAAGGAUUUGCAUUGAAAUUUCCAGUGUUUGUUCAUACUUGUGUUGUCAUGGUUGCUGCAUGUGUUAAUGCCUGGCUACUUGCAGCUGUUUUCUUUAUCUCAGCAGGUAAUUUUUGGAUUGUGUAUCGAAAUAUGGAUGGAAAAAUGCAAAUCAAAGGUUGAAAUAUUUUCACCAAGCAUGAAUGAUUUGAAUAUGUAACAAUUCUUUUUAAAAAAAACCUAAGAACACUUUUUUAAAAGCAAGUUGUGACCACUACAUUUUAAGUACACUCCCAAUGGAUUGUUUUAUUACAUUGCAUUUUCAACUGAUCUCUUUGAGUUUUUGUAUAUACUUGCAGCUGAUUUGAAUAGGUUUCAGCCUUUAUACUCGGGUGUUUUAGCAGCACUGUCUAUGUAAUAUAUUGCGAAGAGACUAUCACAUUUAUAUGAUGUCAUUUCAAGCUCAAUUGACAGAAGUCAAUUAAAUAAAGUGUGGCUUCUUAGAGUGUUUUAUAACACUGGUUAUGAAACUUUAGUUAUGUCCUGUAUUAACAAGGGUAUAUUGUGAUAACAGUAUAAUGUACUCACAUUCAUGGUGUCUGUGCAGGAAAUAUAUAUUUUCUUAUUAAAAAAGAUUUUCAGUUAA